AUGCCAUCGGAACUGCAUCAUGGCCCUCUCACACUCACCGUGACGCAGUCAUCCCACCUCUUGCUCUCGUUUACGCAUUUCCUGACUGUUGCCAUUCACAAUGUGCUGUUCUACCGGUCUCUAUACCCACCCACAACCUUCCUCACCACCCGGGCCUACAACCUGGCAGUGCACCAGUCGCGCCACCCGGCCGUGUGCAACUGGAUUCGCGAUGCCGUCGACGCCAUCCGUGCGCAGCUUGUGCUCGGCUCCGUCAGCCGCAUUGCCAUUGUGAUCCACGCCCCAGACUCCACGGUACUCGAGCGGUGGAUGAUUGAUGUGGCGCAAUUCCCGGCCUUCAAGGGAUACAAGGAACCCAGAGGUAACCGCAGAGACGAGGAAGACGACGGUGUGGGGGCUCCGGAACGGGUCCCGAUCCCGGGAGAGGACCGCGGCGGGGUCGACGCCGGGGCGCAGAGCAAGGCACGACGGGUCAACUGGACCGAUGUGGACGAGGCGUUCCGGGCUGCCGUCAGACGCAUGGCGCUGGCUGGCGAGAAGAUGUCGGCACUGCCAGAGGGCUGCAGCUUCACCGUCGCAGUAGAGCUUCGUGAUGAGAGCGAGGCUCCGAUCGGGUACCCGCAAUCUUGGAUUCCAUCUGAGCCUCAUCUCCAGCCAUCGUCCAAAGACAAACCUGUACCUGGUGGAGAUAUCGGCGGUGCCAAGACCACACCCAUAAGGUCAGUCGAGGUCGGGCCGUUAUUCUUCGAGUGUUGGGUUGAAGAAGGGAAAACAAAGGGAGAUUUACCCUCCUCAAGUACAUCAUCCGACUGA